UACUCGUCGGUGCACGCUGAUAUGGCUGCGUUGGUAGCGAGGAGUGUGCCGGGCGUGCUGAAGCUUGCGCACUUUGCGACCGUCCCGCGGAGACAUCGACAUAAGAAGAAAUGGGCUGCCACAGAGCCCAAAUUUCCUGCUACUCAACUGGCUCUGCAGAAUUUUGACAUGACCUACAGUGUGCAGUUUGGUGAUCUAUGGCCAUCCAUCCGCGUCAGCCUCCUUUCAGAGCAGAAGUAUGGUGCACUGGUUAAUAACUUUGCUGCCUGGGAUCAUGUGAGUGGAAAGUUAGAGAAGCUGAGUGCCAGGGACUUUGUGAAUGAUGCCAUCUCCCAUGGGGAACUGGAGCCUGAGAGUGGCCAAACUGCAGCUCCAUCCCUCGCCUCUGGGGCCUGCAGCUCUAACCUUCGAUGCUUCACUUUCGCCAGAGGGGAUGUCAGCCGGUUCCCCCCUGCCAGGCUUGGCAGCCUGGGUGUCAUGGACUACUACCUGAUGGAUGCUGCUUCCUUGCUGCCUGUCCUGGCCCUUGGCCUGCAGCCUGGCGACACUGUGCUUGACUUGUGUGCAGCCCCUGGGGGAAAGACACUAGCACUGCUUCAGACUGGCUGUUGCCGCAAUCUCGCUGCCAAUGAUCUGUCCACUUCUCGAACAGGCAGACUACAGAAGGUCCUUCACAACUAUGUGCCUCAAGAUAUCAGGGAUAGGAAUCAAGUUCGAGUCACCUCAUGGGAUGGCAGGAAGUGGGGAGAACUGGAGGGGGACACCUAUGACCGGGUGCUGGUGGAUGUUCCCUGCACCACGGACCGCCAUUCCCUUCAUGAGGAGGAGAACAACAUCUUUCAGCGGUCGAGGAAGAAGGAGAGGCAGAUGUUGCCUAUGCUUCAGAUGCAGCUGCUCGCGGCUGGACUCCUUGCCACAAAACCAGGAGGCCACGUUGUCUAUUCCACCUGCUCACUCUCGCAUUUACAGAACGAGUAUGUGGUGCAAGGCACCAUUGAGUUCCUGGCUAAUCAGUACAGCAUCAAAGUUCAGGUGGAAGACCUGACUCACUUCCGAAAACUUUUCAUGGACACAUUUUCUUUCUUCCCGUCCUGCCAGGUUGGGGAGCUGGUAAUCCCAAACCUCUUGGCCAAUUUUGGGCCUAUGUACUUUUGCAAAAUGUGUAGGCUAACAUAGCAUCACUCGGUUCCCGAAGUCCUGGUGUAGGAAGGUAAAGGGUGUACUCGCAUGGAGAUACCAGAAACCAAGAUCAGUAGCAAAGAUGCAAUCUGGGUCCUAUCUCCAUUAUGUUCAAGUCUUUGUAUGGACAAUUUUCAGCUUUAGAAAGUAGGAGUUUUUCUGUCCUGCUUCCAAUUGUGGAGCAUCAGCAGGUUUCCCACUCACUUGUUAUACCCCUUUUUCCCAUUUCUAAGCCUGUGCUAAAGGUUCCUGCCUGAUUAGAGGCUUAGGAGGAGGAGCCAGUGAGGAGGUCCACACUUUAAGCAGUAAACUUGGGGAGAAGCAUUUAGCCAAUAAAAUUGUUGAAGCUCCAUAGAGCUGUGGUUGGGGCCUCAUGUCAGUCCAAGUACUGUUAGUUCCAUUUGUGCCAGCUGCUGCUACUGAGCACUAGCUCCUAGGGGUCCGAAGCCUAGGAACUCAGCCUGGUUACAGGCCUCUGGUUACAGAGCACCUCUCUGUGAUUAGUCUUCAGUAGCCGAUGGACCUGAACAGGCCUCCCUCAUUUCUUCAGAUGGUCCAUGAUCUAAUUUAAGGAACAAACAACUAAAAAUGUUAAGCCAAAUGCAUGAUAAUCUGCUUAAGAACACCGAGAAAGCUCCCCCGUGCUGCAUAAUGGAAGCCAGUGCUCCUGCUGUCCACAGCACUGCUGCCCUGGGUGGGGAAACUGUUUCUGCCUCAGGGCUGUGCUCCUCCUCUGUGUGUUUCUCCCAUUGUCCAUUCAUCUAGCAGGUAUGCCUAGAGCUCCCGUGUGACAGCUCAGCCAGGAUGCUGUUGGAGGUGUAGCAGUUGGGACAGUGGGAGGUGAGACCUCAUCCUUUCUGAACACCUCAUCAGCUCCUAAUAUUUUCUUUUGUUAUGCUUUUUGUUUUGUUUUUCUUGUUCCUGGUCUAUAGCUGAGCUCUGGUUUGCGUUGUUCGGCCCACCCCCAAAUCCCAGAGCUCUUCUCCAGCGUCACAGGGCCUCAUCUCCCAGAGUGUGUGAAGUUUGGGGCAAUAUUACAUCAUUGCUGACUACAUGCUAGUUAUGUUGUUUUUGUAACUUUAAUGUAAAGAAGGUAAUCCUUUAAUGGCGGAGAUAUUAAAAAUUGCUUAUGGUCACUUGCAAAA